AUGGAAACAAGUGGCUUCUCAGAUACACAGUUACAAGUGAGAGAAGCAAUUGCAAAGAUAUGUUCAAAUUUCCCAGAUGAUUACUGGGCGCAGCAUGAUGAGUCCGGAGAAUAUCCUCAUGAACUACACAAAGCACUUUCUAAAGAUGGAUGGAUCGGUAUUGCUCUACCUGAAGACCUGGGUGGUUCUGGUUUAGGCAUAUCAGAGGCGACUUUGAUGCUACAUACCAUAUCAGAGAGUGGAGCAGGAAUGGCUGGAGCCCAAUCCAUUCAUGCAAACGUAUACGCAACGCAACCCGUAGCCAAAUUCGCAACUCCCUCCCAACGCCAACGCAUGCUAGGCAAAAUCAUAGACGGCACCUGGCGCGUCUGUUUCGGCGUCACAGAACCCAACACGGGUCUCGAAACGCUGAAAUUAAAAACGCAAGCCACGCCCUCCGGAGACACCUACAAAAUCAGCGGCCAAAAGAUCUGGAUCUCAUCCGCCCAAGUAGCCACGAAAAUGAUCCUCCUAGCUCGCACCACGCCCCUGGAAGAAGUGUGUAAACCAUCCGAGGGACUCUCCCUCUUCUUCAUAGAUUUUGACCCGAAACAACCUGGCUUGGAGCUGAGGAAGAUCAAGAAGAUGGGCGGGAGAGCGGUGGAUGCUAAUGAAGUGUUCUUUGAUAAUUAUGUUAUUCCGAAGGAUUCAUUGAUUGGGAAGGAGGGAGAGGGGUUUAAAAUCGUGUUGCAUGGUAUGAAUGCUGAGAGGUGUCUUCUUGCGGGGGAAGCGUUGGGGUUGGGGUAUGCUGCGUUACAUAAAGCUACGACUUAUGCGAAAGAGAGAGUGGUUUUUGGGAGGCCGAUUGGGAUGAAUCAGGGGAUUCAACAUCCGCUUGCUGAGGCUUAUAUGCAUCUUGAAGCUGCUAAAUUAGCAACGUAUCAUGCUGCUAGGCUGUAUGACCGAUCGACUACCGAUGGUACAAUUACACAGUCGGCUAUAGGAGUAGCUUGCAACAGUGCAAAGUAUCUGGCAGCGGAGGCAGCUUUUACUGCUUGUGAAAGGAGCGUGCUAACUUUGGGUGGUAUGGGUUAUGCUCAAGAGUAUCAUGUUGAAAGGUACUUACGGGAGUGCUUCGUUCCUCGAAUUGCGCCUGUUUCGAGAGAGAUGAUUAUGAACUACGUUGGGGAGAAAGUACUUGGCUUACCACGUAGUUACUGA